AUGGACGACAUGUUUCAGGAUUUUUACGCCGUGGAGAACACGAACGGCUUUACGGCUGCUAGUAUUUUGUCCGGCUUUUGGAUAUCUGAGAAGAAAGCGUUCGAAAAUCUGGUCACCACCAAGGAGCAGGAUGCUCACGAAUUCUUCCAGUUUCUUGCAGAAGAACUCCACGAACGCAAUGGUGACGGCAAGCCACCCGAGAUUGGGAGCGAGCAUAGUUGCAACUGUAUCAUCCAUCAAACUUUCUACGGCAAGCUUCAGAGCACCACGACUUGUCAGAAUUGUGGCGGGGUCACUAAUGCUGUACAAUCCUUUCUCGACCUCAGCUUGGGUCUCGACAACCUUGCGCAGCGAAGAGCUAGAAAGACGGGGCAGAAGCAACCUAGUCUUACCCUUCAAGAGUGUCUCGACGAGGAGUACGUGAAAUCAGACAAGUGCGAGUAUCGCUGCCACAAUUGUGACUCCACACAACAGGCAAGGCGAAACACGAGCAUCAAACGGCUUCCCAAUGUGCUCGCCAUCCAGCUCAAGCGAUUCGAGUUCAAGCAAGGACGCCACGAUAGGGCUCCGUCCAAAAUUGACACGACAGUCAAUUUUCCCUUGCAACUGAACAUGCUCCCCUAUACCAACAGAGCCAAGGGAAGUGAUACGAAAGAAUCCUUUGAGCUGGCAAGGUCAUGCACGUAUGAUCUCCUUAGCGUUGUUGUUCACGUUGGCGAAAUAGAUACGGGUCACUAUGUUUCUUAUUGCCGAGUUGCCGAUCAGUGGUUCAAAUUCAAUGACCACAAGGUUGAGAUGGCCUCAAAGUCUGACGUCCUCAGUGCACAACCAUACUUGCUGUUCUACAUCAUCAGAUCCCUUUCCUGAGCCUAAAGCUCGUAUCUUCUGCACGGCCACUCCGAAUUCUUUGGGUACAGCCCAUGAGGGCAAGGACUUUAGACGCUUUGCAUAUCACCGAUGGCUGCGCGAUAGAGCAGGCACGAGAGAACUACUACAGUCGGCAUUUCACGGCGUUGGACAGGGCACACAACAUUGCAUACCAGGGUACAGGCCAUCUGUUUGUAUUGGAGUUUGGAGGACAGGCGGUAAUCCUUAUUGUACGUGAAACAGUGGCAUUUGUGGGAAGAUCUUCACAGUCUGUUCUCCAAAUCAUGUGCAGUCUCAUGCACAUACCGAAUCACACAUGGAUGCAUGCCACGGCAUCACUGUUCUUGC